AUGGGCGCCGUCGGGGAUGUCGUGAAGGAGGGGGAUCAUGUCGUCCUGGAUGUCAAUGUAGGAGACAAGCUGGUGCUCGCGCAAGCCAAGCCGAACGGGAAGAUCAAGGUCGGCAAGGCGUACGUUUCUAUCGGCAACAUCAUCGGCCAGCCGUGGGGCGCGGUUUUCGAGCCCGCCAGCAACAACAGGGAGCUGGUGCGCGUCGACGACCCGCGCCAGCCCAUCAACGUCAUCGACGGGACGCAGAAGGACAACCGCGACAUCCUCUUCGCGGGCGACCAGGCACUGACCGCGGAGGACAUCGCCGAGAUGCAGCGCGCCGGCACGGCGGGCGCGGAGAUCAUCGACGCGCUGACCAAGUCCUCGGCGACGUUCGAGGCCAAGACGGAGUUCUCGCAGGAGAAGUACCUGAGAAAGAAACAGAAGAAGUACACCGCGAAGGUCACCGUCCGGCGGCCGACGACGCGGCACGUCGCCGCGCACUACUUCCUCCACGACCCGAGGAAGGUCCACGGCCUCCGCACGGACUCCCUCGCGCUCAUGCUGGCGCAGGCCAACGUCGGAGCGCACGCGCGGGUGCUCGCGGUGGACCAGACGGGCGGGCUGCUGACCGCGGCGGCGCUGGAGCGCACGGGCGGCUUCGGGACGGUGUGCGGCGCGGUGCUCGCGAGGCGGAAGGGCCUGCUGGACGCCCUCCGAGUGAUGAACUUCUCACAGGAGGAGUUGGAGACGGUGCACAGCUGCCUGUUGUGGCAGCUGUGGAAGGAGCCCGGCGCGGACGUGGAGGGGAACGAUGCGGGUGGUGGAGAGGGGGACAAGGGGGAGGGCGAGGCCGUGAAGGGGGAGGGUGGCGAGGGUGAGAGGGGGGGAGUGGCGCAGAGGAGAGGGGGGGGGUUUGCGGUGAAGAAGUGCACGGACAAGGAGGUGCGGGAGCUGGCGGAGAGGAAGUUCACGAGCUUGCUGGUGUGUGCGCCGAUGCUGCAGCCGCUCCCGGUGCUGCGGCGGCUCUGGCGCGUGAUGGAGCCGUCAGCAUCCUUCGCGGUGUGGGCGCAGUCGGCGCAGACGCUCGCCGAGACGCUGAUCGGGCUGCAGCAGGAGCAGAUGGCGGUGGCGAUGUCGGUGCAGGAGUGCUGGUGGCGGGAGCACCAGGUCCUGCCGCAGCGGACGCACCCCAACAUGAACAUGUCGGGCACGGGGGGGUUCGUGCUGUGCGGGACGUUCGUGGCGCGCGACGACGACGAGGCGCGGGAGGAACACCCCGAGAAGAAACAGCGCGUGGAGUAG